AUGUCAAUAAUUAAUGAUACUAAUGCGUCAUUAAUGAGUUCAAUAUCAACAAAUAAUUUUUUACGUGAUUGUAUUGAUUUAGCUAUUGAUGGAUUUUUAUUUCGUGGUGUAACACCAUCUGAUCAUUAUUAUCGUUUUACAAAAUCAUUUCCAAAAGCUUCAACACUUUUAACAUCAUAUUCAAAUCCAAAUGGAUCAUCUAUUAUAAUGACACCAAAACAAUCUCGUCAUGAUUAUACAUCAUCAUCAUCAUCAAAACAUUCAAAUACACAACAUCAACGUACAAAUAAUGUACCUCUACUUGAUUUAUCUUCAUUAAAUCCAAAUAUAUUACUUGAACAACAACCGGUUUCAACAAUAAUGCCAACAACUAAUACAGGAAUUAUGAUUAAACCAAAAAAACCUGUUUAUAGUCCUAAAGAGUCAAUAUCAUCAUCAUCUACAAGUGGUGGUCGAGUAGUUAGUUCACGUCGUCCAGUUUCAUCAGGAACAAAAACUCCACUUGUCACAUCAAAUACUUCAAAUACUCCAUUAUCAUCGAAUGAACAAUCACCAUCAAUACAAACUAUAAAUCCAAAACGACCAACAACAGCUCCAAGUCCAUCAUCAGAUAUUUGGAAUUCUCCUCAACAACAAUUAACUCCACUUGAAAUUGAAGCACGUGAUAUACAAGAACGUAUGGGAAAAUAUCGUUCACGACAUGGUCGUCCACAUGAUCUUUCACAAAUGACAUCAAAACAAAUAUAUGAUGAAAAAUGUGAUAUGCAACAAGAAUUAUUAAGAUAUGAAAAUAAAUAUUCAAAACCAACAACCAGUGAACAAAAACGUAUUAUGAAACCUUUAUAUGAUUAUUAUCGACAAUUAAAACGUCUUGUUGAAAAACAACAACAACAAACAUAG